UUCUCCAGCAUGGACUCAGUCCUCUGCACCGGAUAAUCCCUGUGGAAUAAAGUGUCAGAUGAUGGGAAUAUUCCGAUCCCGUGGAUCUGCACAGCCUUGAUGGACAGCAUGUCACCGCAGCAGGGGACCAUGGGACAGAACCGGUCCGAGUCUCUGACGAGAGACAGCAACAAYAAGAAGAUGAAGACCCUGGCCCAGKGACGACAGUCUGCUCCAUCGCUGGUCAUCAGCAAAGCGCUGACCAGGUCAAGAAGCACGUCCAG